CCGCCGCCCACUGCAGGAGGCUCCCCUGCGGGUGGCUCGUUCAAGCAGCUGCCGGGGCUCUGAUGUGCACCGCGGGUUAACAGCCAUUACAGUACCGAGUUUAUUGCCACGUGUUCCACUUAGCGGCAUCUCGAAUCAUCCGUGGUCCUGUGAGAAGACCGUGGGCAGUGGGGAUGACACAGAUCCGGGCGCAUCACAGGAGUGGGAGGAUAAUUUGGAUGUCACUGUCCCGGUCGGGGGGCUCAGCCACUGUGGGAGGGAGAUAAUGUUCGUGGGCAAGGACCCAGCUCUUUGAGGUAGGUGAAUGCUUGCUUGGAGUAUAAUGUUGAAGAGACAGUUGGGCAGGGGAAGAUUUUUUCUUCUUUGGAUUCUAGAACAUUUGUUGGAAAGGAAGAACUGUUAGGCAUACUCAAACCAGAUUGUUUUUUUCAGCAAACAUCUGGUAGAGAUUGGAAUUGGGGAGUGAAUAAGGGACCAAUCUCCUGCUACACAGAAUUCUGAUUCCAUGUGUAGUGGUUAUCUCUGAGAGGGAGGUUUGGCCUGUUUCUCAGCUUUAGGGUGGUGCUGAGAGAGAUGAAGUAACAUAUUUGACAUCACCUGGCUGGCAAGGGCUGGAGACGGGUGCUUUUCUGACCCAGUAGGUUUGUGUGAUUGCACAGCUAAGUGUGAUCUAUCUCGUGUUGUCUCACUGCCUUCCAGUGGCUGCGGCUCUCAUGAUCCAAACAGUCAGAACUCUUGUCAGGCAGGAGUGCUUUUGUUGUAAAACCAAAGAAAAAAUAAGAGUAGCCCAAGUUGGUCCUGGAUGCUGGAAGUAGCUUAGCAGCAUCACUCUGGUCCUCUCAUUUGAGGAGGAAAACUUGUAGGCCCUCGGUCUGAGGGGUUACAUUGGCGUGAAGUGGGUGCUGCCAGAGCGGCCCCUUUAUAACCAAGAGUUGGAAGGGUGAGGACUUUAUGUUUUUUAAUAUUGUAUGUCUUACAGAGACACUUAACAUGUAAAUGUGUUUCAGGAGACCGUGUAUGAAACGUUGCUGUAGAGGUGUAAAACUUCAGCUGAGGCUUGGGCUGCAGUGUCGACUUGCUGUCAGCUGCUGCUCAGAAGAGAACGUCGGGUCUUAGAGCUGAAGUCUGACUGCGGUUGCCCUGCCUGACUCAUUUGGAAAUGGCCUUGUGUGCUCUGGCCUAGGCGGCGUGGUGGACGUGUGAUUCUGCUAGGUGUGAAGGCCCUGUGCCAUCUCCAAAGCACCAUGAAUGCCAUCGUCGCUCUCUGUCACUUCUGCGAGCUCCACGGCCCCCGCACUCUCUUUUGCACAGAGGUUCUGCACGCCCCGCUUCCACAGGGCGCGGGGAAUGGGGACAGCCCUGGCCAGGGCGAACAGGCUGAGGAGGAGGAAGGCGGCAUUCAGAUGAGCAGUCGGAUCCGUGCUCACAGCCCAGCAGAAGGGACCAGCGCAGAGUCCAGCAGCCCAGGACCCAAAAAGUCAGACAUGUGUGAGGGCUGCCGGUCCCUUGCUGCAGGGCAUCCUGGGUAUAUCAGCCAUGAUAAAGAGACCUCCAUUAAGUAUGUCAGUCACCAGCACCCCAACCACCCCCAGCUCUUCAGCAUUGUCCGCCAGGCCUGUGUGCGGAGCCUGAGCUGUGAGGUCUGCCCUGGCCGCGAAGGCCCCAUCUUCUUUGGGGAUGAGCAGCACGGAUUUGUGUUCAGCCACACCUUCUUCAUCAAAGACAGCUUGGCCAGGGGCUUCCAGCGCUGGUACAGCAUCAUUGCCAUCAUGAUGGACCGCAUUUACCUUAUCAACUCCUGGCCCUUCCUGCUUGGGAAGAUCCGAGGAAUCAUCGAUGAACUCCAGGGCAAGGCACUCAAGGUAUUUGAAGCGGAACAGUUUGGAUGCCCACAGCGUGCCCAGAGGAUGAACACAGCUUUUACACCAUUCCUGCACCAAAGGAAUGGCAACGCCGCCCGUUCCCUGACAUCCUUGACGAGCGACGACAACCUGUGGGCGUGCCUGCACACCUCCUUUGCUUGGCUCCUGAAAGCAUGCGGCAGCCGGCUGACUGAGAAGCUCCUGGAAGGCGCACCCACCGAGGACACCUUGGUCCAGAUGGAAAAGCUUGCGGACUUAGAAGAGGAAUCAGAAAGUUGGGACAACUCUGAGGCUGAAGAAGAAAAAGCCCUUGCCUUGCCAGAGGGUGCAGAAGGGCGGGAGCUGACCAAAUGCCCAACAGAUUCUUCUUUGCUUUCAGACUGUGGAAACUGGCAGCCCCGAAAGCUGUCUGUCUUUAAGUCCCUGCGGCACAUGAGGCAGGUGCUGGGUGCCCCAUCUUUUCGCAUGUUGGCCUGGCAUGUGCUCAUGGGGAACCAGGUGAUCUGGAAAAGUAGAGAUGCGGACCUGGUCCAGUCAGCCUUUGAAGUUCUUCGGACCAUGCUGCCCGUGGGCUGUGUCCGCAUCAUCCCUUACAGUAGCCAGUAUGAGGAGGCCUACCGGUGCAACUUCCUGGGGCUCAGCCCACACGUGCAGAUCCCUUCCCACGUGCUGUCUUCAGAAUUUGCUGUCGUAGUGGAGGUCCAUACAGCCACUCGCUCCGCCCUCCACCCAGUCGGCUGUGAGGAUGACCAGUCUCUCAGCAAGUAUGAGUUUGUGGUGACCAGUGGAAGUCCUGUAGCCGCAGACCGAGUUGGCCCCACUAUCCUGAAUAAGGUGGAAGCUGCUUUGACCAACCAGAACCUCUCUGUGGAUGUGGUCGACCAGUGCCUCGUCUGCCUCAAGGAGGAGUGGAUGAACAAAGUGAAGGUCCUUUUUAAAUUCACCAAGGUGGACAGUCGACCCAAAGAGGACACGCAGAAGCUCUUGAGUAUCCUCGGAGCAUCGGAGGAGGACAAUGUCAAGCUGCUCAAGUUCUGGAUGACGGGCCUGAGCAAGACCUACAAGUCACACCUCAUGUCCACAGUUCGCAGCCCCACAGCCUCAGAGCCUCGUAAUUGACCCCACCGUGGGAGUCCGGGUCUGUGUGCACCUUCCGGGAAGUGGUGACAGCUGUCUUCGCCACUGAGCUCAGAGACACGUCUCUGCUGGGGGUCACAGGCAGUCCUCCCGUUUCUGAAGUGCUGGUGUGCAGCUGGUUCCUAGGAAGAAAUGGAAACUCUCAGGGCUAAACUUGGCCCUCUGUGUGAUUUGGGCCUGGUGUUCUUGGCACCAUCCCACAAGCUGUUUGAAUUGUUGCAGCCCUGAAGAAGGCACUGGGAGACUUGUGGCAGUGGGUCCCUGGCAUUUGUGCACCCCUACAAGAGAAGACUAAGGAAAGUUGCAUCUCAUGUCUCUCAUGGACUUAGAUCUCAAAAUUUAUAGGGAAAACAUGUCAGACCAGUCCCAACUUGGGUACUUUAGCCACAAUAUCAUAUCCUCUCUCAAGGUUAAUGUUCAAACUUUCUAUUCUAAAAUUAAGCAAGUUUUCUGGGUUUUGUAUGUGUGUGUGUAUAUUUUGCUACAGUUGUGAAUUUUCAGGACUUGUGGUGAUCCUUAGUCAUUUUUAGUAAUCUGGUUUUGAGUUAGGGCUCUGGGAAAGGCUUUUGGGGCUGAAGUGGAUGUUUUCCUCCUCUGUGGAUCCUCUGGCAUUCGUGUUGUAACGUUAUGUGACUGCUGAAUCUUCCGGCCACACUCUCCUGCAGCUGCUUUGGAAUUACCCUGUAGCGUGAGGACAAGCACCUGAGCUGCUUACACGAGGAGGGUGCUUUGCUGGAGUGUCAGAUGGAGUUGUCUCACUUGCCUGACUCGCUGUCUGUGGAGCUGAGUUUAUUCCCUAUCACUCUGUCCUUUAUUGCUUCUGUAAACAUUUAUGUUCAGCUACAGUUAAUCUUCAGAAUGUGCAGAUUUAAGACAGUUUCAUCAUCCCAGUGUACAUUUUUAAUAAGGCUUCAUGGUUUGGAUGGAUUUUUCCAGCAGUUUUGCUUAUUUGUGUAUAGUUUCCUAUGUUUGUUUAAUUUAUAUUUAUCCUAAAGACUAAGUUUAUAUGACUAGGUAUCUGUAUCAUGCAAGAACAUUGAAACACAAUAAAGAUGUAUUUUUGUAAACUGUU